AGGAUGGACGUGCUAGCGGAAGAGUUCGGGAACCUAACCUCGGGGGAGUUGGCUGCCCCGAUUCCGACAGUGGAGGAAAAAUGGAGGCUGCUUCCAGCGUUUUUAAAGGUGAAAGGCCUUGUGAAACAACAUAUAGACUCAUUUAACUAUUUCAUUAAUGUAGAGAUCAAGAAGAUAAUGAAAGCAAAUGAAAAGGUUACAAGUGAUGCAGACCCCAUGUGGUAUCUAAAAUAUCUUAAUAUCUACGUUGGGCUUCCUGAUGUUGAAGAAAGCUUCAAUGUAACGAGACCAGUGUCCCCUCAUGAGUGCCGUCUGAGGGACAUGACGUACUCUGCCCCCAUCACAGUGGAUAUUGAAUACACUCGAGGCAGCCAGAGGAUCAUCCGCAACGCCUUACCCAUCGGCAGAAUGCCCAUCAUGCUGCGUAGUUCAAACUGUGUUCUCACAGGGAAAACACCGGCGGAAUUUGCCAAAUUGAAUGAGUGUCCUUUAGAUCCAGGUGGCUACUUCAUUGUUAAAGGAGUAGAGAAAGUCAUUCUUAUCCAAGAGCAGCUGUCUAAGAACAGGAUCAUUGUGGAAGCUGACCGUAAAGGGACAGUCGGCGCUUCGGUGACCAGCUCCACCCAUGAGAAAAAAAGUAGAACCAAUAUAGCGGUAAAGCAAGGACGAUUUUACUUGAGACACAACACGCUGUCUGAAGACAUACCCAUUGUGAUCAUAUUUAAGGCCAUGGGUGUUGAGAGUGACCAGGAAAUUGUGCAGAUGAUUGGCACCGAGGAGCACGUGAUGGCUGCGUUUGGGCCCAGUCUGGAAGAAUGCCAGAAAGCUCAGAUUUUCACACAGUUGCAGGCAUUAAAAUAUAUUGGGAACAAAGUGAGACGGCAGCGGAUGUGGGGAGGUGGACCAAAGAAAACCAAAAUAGAAGAAGCAAGAGAACUGCUGGCUUCUACCAUCCUGACCCACGUACCUGUUAAGGAAUUUAACUUCCGAGCCAAAUGCAUUUAUACAGCAGUGAUGGUGCGAAGAGUGAUCCUGGCCCAAGGAGAUAAUAAGGUUGAUGACCGAGACUAUUAUGGCAACAAGCGAUUGGAGUUGGCAGGACAGCUUUUAUCUCUCCUAUUUGAAGAUUUAUUCAAAAAAUUUAAUUCUGAACUGAAGAAGAUUGCAGACCAGGUGAUUCCAAAGCAGAGAGCAGCCCAGUUUGAUGUGGUGAAGCACAUGCGACAGGACCAGAUCACCAACGGCAUGGUCUACGCCAUCUCCACUGGAAAUUGGUCUCUAAAAAGAUUUAAGAUGGAUCGUCAAGGUGUCACUCAAGUGCUGUCUCGCUUGUCAUACAUCUCCGCACUGGGCAUGAUGACCAGGAUCUCUUCCCAGUUUGAAAAGACAAGAAAAGUGAGUGGUCCGCGAUCCCUCCAGCCGUCUCAGUGGGGAAUGCUCUGUCCUUCGGACACUCCUGAGGGCGAGGCCUGUGGUUUGGUUAAAAACUUGGCCCUGAUGACACACAUCACAACCGACAUGGAAGAUGGGCCCAUUAUCAGAUUAGCCAAUAACGUGGGAGUAGAAGAUGUGAAUUUAUUGUGUGGCGAAGAGCUUUCUUACCCAGAUGUGUUCCUCGUCUUCCUCAAUGGUAACAUCCUGGGUGUCAUCCGAGAUCAUAAGAAGCUAGUGAAUACAUUUAGACUGAUGCGAAGAGCCGGUUAUAUCAACGAAUUUGUUUCCAUCUCAACCAAUCUUACAGAUCGGUGCGUUUAUAUCUCCUCUGAUGGAGGAAGGCUGUGCAGACCUUACAUAAUUGUUAAGAAUCAGAAGCCUGCAGUAACAAAUAAGCAUAUGGAAGAGCUGGCCCAGGGAUACAGGAAUUUUGAAGACUUCUUACAUGAGAGCCUGGUUGAAUAUUUAGAUGUGAAUGAAGAAAAUGACUGUAACAUCGCGCUGUAUGAGCAUACAAUUAAUAAAGACACCACCCAUUUGGAGAUCGAGCCCUUCACCCUUCUCGGCGUCUGUGCUGGCCUGAUCCCGUACCCUCAUCAUAACCAGUCUCCCAGAAACACGUAUCAGUGUGCCAUGGGGAAACAAGCAAUGGGUACCAUCGGAUACAACCAGCGGAACAGAAUUGAUACCCUCAUGUAUCUACUAGCAUAUCCACAAAAACCUAUGGUUAAAACAAAGACCAUCGAGUUGAUCGACUUCGAGAAGCUGCCGGCCGGACAGAAUGCAAUAGUGGCUGUCAUGAGUUACAGUGGCUAUGACAUUGAGGAUGCUCUUGUUUUGAACAAAGCCUCCUUGGACCGAGGCUUUGGUCGUUGCCUUGUCUACAAAAAUGCAAAAUGUACAUUAAAACGAUACACCAAUCAAACUUUUGACAAAGUGAUGGGGCCCAUGCUGGAUGCUACUACACGGAAACCCAUCUGGAAACAUGAAAUUUUAGAUGCAGAUGGUAUUUGCUCUCCAGGUGAGAAGGUCGAAAACAAGCAAGUGCUUGUGAAUAAGUCAAUGCCCACAGUGACUCAGACUCCUUUGGAAGGAAGUAACGUGCCACAGCAGCCACAGUACAAAGAUGUGCCCAUAACGUACAAAGGGGCAACAGAUUCCUAUAUUGAAAAGGUGAUGAUAUCUUCAAAUGCUGAAGAUGCUUUUCUGAUCAAAAUUCUGUUGAGACAGACUCGGCGUCCAGAGAUUGGAGACAAAUUCAGCAGUCGCCAUGGGCAGAAAGGUGUCUGCGGCUUGAUCGUCCCUCAGGAGGACAUGCCAUUUUGUGAUUCAGGCAUCUGCCCGGACAUCAUCAUGAACCCUCACGGCUUCCCCUCACGUAUGACGGUAGGGAAGCUCAUUGAACUGCUGGCUGGCAAGGCUGGCGUGCUGGAUGGCAGGUUCCACUAUGGCACCGCAUUUGGAGGGAGUAAAGUGAAGGACGUGUGCGAGGACCUCGUUCGCCAUGGGUAUAACUACUUGGGGAAAGACUACGUCACCUCGGGCAUCACAGGGGAGCCCUUAGAAGCGUACAUCUACUUUGGCCCCGUGUACUAUCAGAAGCUGAAGCACAUGGUUCUGGACAAGAUGCAUGCCCGGGCUCGGGGCCCACGAGCCGUCUUAACCAGGCAGCCCACUGAGGGCCGAUCCCGGGAUGGUGGUUUGCGUCUUGGAGAAAUGGAACGUGACUGCUUAAUCGGCUACGGAGCCAGCAUGCUUUUGCUAGAAAGGCUAAUGAUCUCAAGUGAUGCCUUUGAGGUCGACGUCUGCGGGCAGUGCGGACUUCUGGGCUACUCCGGCUGGUGCCAUUACUGCAAGUCUUCGUGUCACGUGUCCUCCCUCCGGAUUCCGUACGCCUGCAAGCUGCUCUUCCAGGAACUGCAGUCGAUGAACAUUAUCCCCAGAUUGAAGCUGGCCAAGUACAAUGAGUAAAGGCAGAAAGGAUGGUUAUUUCAAGUCCAAGUCAAAGGAAAACAGGGAUUGAAGGCUAUUUCUGUUCCUGUGA